CAGUGUUCCGCAACCCGACCGAUCUGUUCGCGAUGUUCCACUCAAAACGUCGAAUGCGAGUGGGAUACCCCAAUUGAGACAACCAGAAGACAGGCGAUUGUCAAUCGACUGGAAGAACUUGAAAAAGAGAAUAAUGAUCUCCACGAGCUGAUCAGAGACCUUUAUUCACGGCCCGAAGCAGAGGCAACCGAAAUAUUCAAUCGACUACGAUCGACAGGCGACCCGUUCCAUGUCCUGGACCUCGUCCGAGUGGGAGAUCUCCUCCUGGGAAAGCAACCCAUCGAACAGGAUAGCUUCGCUGACAGGAGAAGCAAAUCGAGCCCGUCAUCUUCCAAACCGAGUUCAAUGCGGGAAAAAGCCGACAUGAACCCGUUGGACCCGGAAGAUUGA